UAGAUGGACAUACGGCGUUUGGGAUCGAUGAGGGUGGCUCGCGUUGGCUUCGCACAAAAGGGAACCGCUGGGGAGGUUAGCCGGACGCGGAGGAGGGGAGAGAGGGGAAUUGGUCUCCGAUGUGGUGGAAAUGCUCUCCGAUAUGAUGGGAGUCUCAACGACGGACGUGUAGGGGCAGAUAAUCGGCAGUGCUUUAUUAUAGCAGAAAGUGCAAGUCUAGUCUUUUUUCUCGAUGCUCUCGGUGUGCCUUGUACCUGGGCCUUGGCCUUGGGGGAGUUGGUGGGAAAGAGGGCGUAGUGCUCUACUGUAGUGGUUGACAUGCUGCCCUUCAUAUAUGGGGGGUAAUUGGGGAGAUUGUCACACGUUUCUGAUGUCCUCUCUUUCACAUGCCAGCGAUGCGAUUCCCUAAGCUUCAGGGUAGUGUGGGGUCACUCGCUUUAAAGUGCACUUCCAUCCCUCCUCCUCUUGUUCCCUUCAGCACCGUCCACAGCCCUCUGAAUUCCCACACACACACGCAUGUCGAAAGCAGACACAAUGGAGGUGAGUCGACCUCUCCAUCUACACAGCUACCAGACGCAGCCGGACAAAUCAGACUAAUAACCCAAACAGAGACCAACCCCCCUCUCCUCCUCCACGACUCGCUCGCGCCGCUCCAACCUCAACCUCGCCAACCUCCGCCUCUCCCCGCUCUCCCCGAAAUUCACGGGGGAAAUCCACACAUCAUCGACAGAUGCACUCGCGGCCGACGACGCAGUAGCCGCACAAGCACACCGCGGCAGUGCGGUCCCGGCUUUCCGCCGGAGUCACUCGUCUUACAUCCAGGGCCAAUCGGCACCUACGACGCCGGGGAUUCUGAGUCGCAGCUCGAGUCGGAGGCGUUUGGGCGGGGGCUUGAGUCGGAGGGGAUCAGUGGGGGAGCGCGAGGGUGGGGAAGUAGGAGGAGGAGGGUAUGAGUAUGCUGGAUUGGUAGUGACGGGGGACAGUGGGAGUUCCCGAGCGCCGGUUGGCAGCGGGCUGAUUCCGAAAGCGAAGAGCGAGGCGGCGCUGGUGGUCGAGCGGAGUCAUCACUUGGGCUCGACGAAGGGGGCGAAGAAGAGGGU